UCGAAUCGAAUCUCUCUUAAAACCGGACAACAUGCGCGACAGAGAAAAAAGAGGGAGGCUUGUUGUUUAUGCUUUUAUUUUUCUUUGAUUUCGAUCAAUGUCGGCAAGGGUAAUAACGGUGUCCCAAGACGGCAGCGGCGACUACGGGACUGUGCAGGAAGCCAUUGACACAGUCCCACUCGGCAACACGUGUCGGACCAUCAUUCGACUGUCACCCGGUGUUUACAAGCAGCCCGUUUAUGUUCCCAAGACCAAGAACCUCAUCACCUUGGCUGGUCUCCGUCCCGAACUCGCUCUUCUUACAUGGAGCAACACCGCUACUAAAAUCCAACAUCACCAGGGCUCGAGGUUGAUUGGGACUGGGACGUUCGGUUGUGGCACUGUGAUUGUUGAAGGAGAGGAUUUCAUUGCUGAGAAUGUAACUUUUGAGAACUCUUCUCCUGAGGGUUCAGGGCAAGCUGUUGCAAUCAGAGUAACGGCGGAUCGAUGCGCAUUCUAUAAUUGCAGGUUCCUCGGCUGGCAGGAUACUCUAUACUUGCAUUAUGGAAGACAAUACUUGAAAGAUUGCUAUAUUGAAGGAAGUGUAGACUUCAUUUUCGGGAACAGCACAGCUCUGUUGGAGCAUUGUCAUAUACACUGCAAGUCGGCUGGAUUUAUAACUGCACAGAGCAGGAAAACUUCUCAGGAAUCGACCGGUUACGUGUUUUUGAGAUGUGUCAUAACCGGCAAUGGAGGGUCUUCGUAUUCAUAUCUCGGGCGUCCAUGGGGACCCUUUGGAAGGGUAGUCUUUGCCUACACAUACAUGGAUCAAUGUAUCAAACAUGUAGGUUGGAAUAACUGGGGAAAAGUCGAAAACGAGAGAAGUGCUUGCUUUUACGAAUACAGAUGUUUUGGCCCUGGCUGCUGUCAACCAAAACGGGUUACCUGGGCACGAGAACUGAUGGACGAAGAAGCAGAAGAGUUCCUUAUGCACGGAUUCAUCGACCCAGAUCCGAACCGACCUUGGCUUGCUCAAAGGAUGGCCCUGAAAAUACCAUUGUCUGCCUAGAGACCAGUAUCAACAAUAUGUAGUGGUGUGUUUUAAUGGUUUUCAUGCAUAAGAAUAAGGCAAUAAUCAUAUUAAAGAUUUUAAGAACAAUAGUGGCCUAUAUAUGAUUUGGGGAGUUUUAGUUUCUUUUUUA